AUGGCCCCGUCCGCCGUUGCCAACGACGCCGAGUCCCCAGUCGCAGAGGCCCGCGGUGCCGCCGUCGUGCCCAAGGAGGCAUCGCACACCAAGCACGGCCAUGAGCUCGUCAAUAAGACGCCCCUGCAGGCCAUGUCCCACGGCGACGUCGUGCUCGCCGGCAUCCCCGAGUUUCCCGACUUCGCGUCCAAGCGUCAGUGGCAGCUCGAGCACAUGGCCGCCGCGUUCCGCCACUGGGCCCGCGAGGGCUACGUCGACGGCAUGAGCGGCCACAUCUCGGUCCGGGACCCCGAGUACCACGACGCCUUCUGGACGAACCCGCUCGGCCGCCAUUUUGGACUGCUCAAGGCCAGCGACAUGAUCCUCGUCAACCUCGACGGCGCCGUCGUCGGCGGCAACCGCUCCAAGCCGCCCAACACGGCCGGCUUCCUCAUUCACGCCGCCGUCCACAAGGCCCGCCCGGACGUCCAUGCCGUCUGCCACAGCCACAGCCUGCACGGCAAGGCCUGGUCCGUCUUCGGCCGCCGCCUCGAGAUGCUCACCCAGGACGCCUGCAAGUUUCGCGGCGACGCCCACAGCGUCUACAACAGCUACGGCGGCGUCGUCCUCGGCCCCGAAGAGGGCGAGGCUAUCGCCAAGGCGCUCGGUCCCAGGGGCAAGGGCUGCAUCUUGCGGAACCACGGCCUGUUGACCGUCGGCCAGACCGUCGACGAGGCUGCCUUUCUCUACACCUCCAUGGAGCGCAGCUGCCGCGUCCAGCUGCUGGCCGAGGCGGCCGCCGCCAACGGGCUGGAAAAGGUCCUGAUUACGGAUGAGGAGGCGCAGUUCAACUUUGACGUCGAGAGCGACCCGGAAAUCUGCUACUGCGAGUUCCAGGUGUAUUAUGACUUGGAGGACGAGUUGACGAAUGGUGCCUUUAAGAAGUAG